CCAGUCGCAUUCUUUCGACCGUUUUGAGUCUUCUCGUCACAUCAACCUUCUUUUGCCAACCUGGACUUGCUUUUCCCGACUUGGCCGGUCUGGUGAAGGAGAGACGGGGAGCGUCGCAUGCGCAUCAUCUGCAUCAUGAUGCUGUACCGAUUGACAAGAGGGAGGCGGCGGGAGGAGGAGGAGCAGGAGAAGAAGAAGCAGCAGCAGCAGCGGCACGCGAACUGUAUGCGCGACAAUUGGGUGCGCUCACGGGACUUUUGGGGUCGACGGUUUCGGAACUUGGUACCACCAAUGGCCUCAACGACUUGGGAUUAGGAAGUUUAGUAGGCCCCAUGGGGACGUUUCCUCUCGACACGUUUGAAAAAUACCCUUGGGAACCGCCUGGACCAAAUGACCAAAGAGGACCUUGUCCCGCCGUCAACGCCAUGGCAAACCAUCACAUCAUCUCGCACACGGGCGUCGUGUCGACGUGGGAACUCCUUCGAGGCGCUGUGAAUACUUUUAAUUUGGGCUUUGAUAUGGCUUUGUUGACGGUUAUUGCUGCUACGCUUUCUGGUGGUGAUCCUGUGACGUGGACGUUGUCUAUCGGUGGACCUGAUCCUAGAGUCGAAGCUCCUCUGGGUGGUUUGUUGGGACUUUUGGGCCAACCUCAAGGCCUCGAACAUACCCACAACCUCAUCGAAGUCGACUCCUCCAUGACUCGCAACGACAUCUACGACACGGGAGACGCCUGGACCAUGAACAUCGACCUCUUCCGCCAAUUCUACAACUCGGUCCCCGAAGGCGAACUCUUCACGCACGAAGCCAUCGUCUCAGCCUCCUGCCUCCGAUGGCACCAAACCGUCGCCUCGAGCCCCAACUUCUACUACGGCGCCGGAACAGGAUAUUUCCGCAAUUUCGCCCAAAUGGCAUUGCUGUUAUGGGGAAACCAUUCCGAUGGCACUCUCGACGGCCAAUUGACGCAUGAAAUCGUCUACAGUCUCUACGGCGUCACCAGCGACCCGGAGCCCUUUACCUAUCGCUUCGGCCACGAACGGAUCCCCGAUAAUUGGUAUCGCAGACCCGAACCCUUUGACAUAGCAGGUCAUCUCCAAGAAUUACUGCAGUGGUUCGGCUGGUGUCCCGCGCUCGCCAGCAUCGGAGGAAAUCUCGGCCAAGUCAACACUUUUACACCUGUCGACGGCGACGAUUUGGCGUCGGGGAUUGGGAAUGCGUCGAAAUUGUUGGAGGGGAAUAAUUUCUUUUGCUUUAUUUUGGAAUUGCUCAAAGCGGGUUCGCCGUCGUUUACGAAUGAAGUUUAUUCUUCGUUGUUUGGCAUUAUUGGCGAUUUGGGUUGUCCGCAGGCUGAUGCGUUGGCGGGUGGUGCUGCUGCUGAUGCUCCCGAGUAUGUGUCUGAUAUGAAGAGUAAAUAUCCGGGAGCA